AUGAGCCUCCCAGUGAUCCCAGACGAACUGCUGGCCGCACUCGCACACGAACCACCACCCCCACCGCCAGCGACCAACAGAAACAGGAUGAAGGAAAACAAGGAGACGAUCUGGAACCGAUUCGGAUUCAGCUCAGCAGCAGCAUCCCCCACCCAGCGCAAGCAGAAGCCAGCAGCAUACCACCCCCAGACCACCCCAGCAGCACGCGCACGCGCAAGCUUCUCCUUCGACCACUACAUCAAAACAAACGAACGCACUCGCUCGCGCUUCAUCGGCUCAGAGAUCAUCAACGGGCCAUCCAUCACCAAACCCAGGCCAGCCCGCAAACCCUCGCUCGACCACCCCCCACCACCAUCAACCGACGACGACGAGCGCUGGUCCUCCACCGCCAUCAGCCUCACCCUCGAGGACGAGCUGGCCGAGGACGAGCUCAACAUCGGCCACCCCCACCCGCCCGAGACCUUCGUCCACGACCUCAGCCCCUCCCGCCCCCAGGACAGCCUGCUCGUCGCCGAACCCCCGCCCAAGCCAGACUCACGCAUCCCCCUGCCCUCCCACCCCGCCACACGGCCCAUCCACCAGCCCGCCCAGAAAACACCGCAUCCGCCCAUCUCCGCCCGCCACGCCCGCGCCCGCUCCCGCUCCCAGUCCGUCUUCAGCCUCUCCACCCCCGCCGCCACCCGCUCGCCGAACCGCGCCAGCGCCCUGCGCCACCAGCUCGACCCCCACCACACCCUCCAGAUCGCCACCCCGUCCCCAGGCCCCGUCCUCUCCACCUCGCCCCUCGCCCUCUCCCCCGCCUCCCCCGCCGCACACCCUCCUCCCCAGCAGAAGACCGUCUCCGCCGCAUACACCGUCCCCUUGAACACCGACCUCCUGCUCCUCCAGUCCACCCGCAAACCGGGCUCGAGGGGCCGCAGUCUCAGCGACACCUUCGUCCGCAAGACCCGCAGCUUCAUCGGCCUCCUCCCGCCCCCCACCACCCCGCCUAGGUACUCGCUCCACGGCCCGCUCCAGAGCUUCACCAUCACCAAGCCCGUGCCCUCCGCCCUCGCCAAACAGGCCAUCCUCAAAGACCUCCUCGCCUCCUCUUCCCACCUCCCCCAGGAGCAGCAGCAGCACCAUCGCCCCCCGUCCGAUGGCGACAACGAGCUGCGCAAGCUGUUCCGGAACCACAACGCCACCGACCAGGCUUCCACGGAAAUGCUGGGCGUCAAGGCCGACUUCGUCAUCGCCGUCGCCGGCCCGAAAGGCGUUGGGAAAUCGACGAUCAUCAGUCGGGCCUUGCGCAAGUCCAUGGACGCUGGGGACGCGGUGGAGCUCUACCGCGACGCCUGCGCCAACCGCAUCUCGGCGGUGGUGGCGAACAUCGGCAGCGCAUCUCCCGGCCCCGGCCCGCUCGAGGACCCCAGAUCGAAGCUUUCGCAGGCCCCCAAAGUCUUGCAGGUCCUCGAGAUCGACCAGCCCAUCCUGGCCGAUAAAUGCAUCUCGACGAGGCGGGCCAAGGAGGGCCUGUUGUGGCCCGCCGGGCUGCCCCAUCUCGACGGCGUCCUGCUCUGCUACGACGCGACCGAUCCUCAUGCCCUCGACCAUCUGAGGCCCUUGCUCCAUUCGUUCUGGACCCGCGGCGGGAUCGCGUUGAUCGUCCUGGCCUGCAAGUCGGACAAGGAGGAGCACCGGAACGCGACCAGCCCCUUGAAGGCCGCCGAGCUCGUCAACGUCUACGGCACCGGCAUGAUUCAGCUGGAUGGCGGGACGGACGACCCGGGCAAGAAGAUGCGCAACUCGUUCAACUGGAUCGUCAAGGCGAUCAAAGAAGCCCGCGGCGAGCAUCGGUCGUACAGCCGCGCCUCGUCGACCAACAUCCUGGGCUCGAUGUACGGCGACGACGAAGGCCGCUGCUCGCGCUCGUCGUCGGUUGUUGCGUCGAUGACGACGACGCUGGGCGGCGACGGCCCGUCUUCUGGCCCUGGCGCAGGCACCUCCGAGGACGACGAGGAGGAGGAGCUCGCCGCGGGGUCCGCGGACGAUGGACACGACCAGCCGGUCCCCGGGAACACCGCCCUGCCCAGCCCCGCAAGAACCCCGCGCAAGAACACCCCCGCCUCUCUCGCUCAGCUCGACACCCCCGGCCCCUCGUCGGCGGCGGCCCGAGGGUUUUUUGUUGUUGUUGAUGAGCUCGUGCAUGAUCGGGUUGUACAGGGCGACAGCUUCUCGAACAACGCCUUGGUCGCCAUGUCCUACGAGACCUCGACUCGGCCGGACGGGAGCUUCAUGCAUGGCGGAAGCACGCCUGGCUCGCCGCGCGAAGCGAGUCAUUCGGGGCCCGUUGUGGCGGACACUCCGGGCCGAUCGGGUGCGUCUGUGGCCGGGGAAGCCUCCCCGCUCCUCCCGACCUCGCCGGCGGCGUCGGGGUCGGGCCCGCCCCCGAAAGACGCGCCCUCGCCGGACGCCGCCGGCCCCGGUAAUCGCGCCCUCGACCCCUCCAAGGGCCUCUCCGGCUCGGGCAAACAUGCCGUCCAGAAAGCUAUCGCCAUGAGCCAGAGAGGCGCGGAUAUGGACCUGCAUUUCGAGAAGUCGGUCGUCAUUGAUAAGUUCGUCUUCGCUACCGUCAGCGGCAACGAGCCGAGCUUUGUCGACCAAUUCUUGAUCAUCUUCCGCCGCUUCGCGACCCCCUUCGAGGUUCUUUCGGCGCUCAUCUUUCGCUUCGAUUUCGUGUCUACUCAUAUCGACCGGGACCCGAUUCUCGGGCGGUAUGCCCAUCUGAAGUAA